GCGAGGGGGGCGGCAGGCGGCGAGCACUGCACUCGCAGCAGGGACGUGGUUUGAAAUCCGAUCCUAGUUAAUGUUUUCCCUCCAGAGCCCGGUGCUCAAACUGUUAGUGGGAGUCUGUGAGCCAAGCUUUCACACAGCACCAAACGUCCCGCACUUCACAACCGACCCAGCGGCGCAGCGAAGCAGUUGUGCCCGUACAGCGCAGCGGAGAAGAGCGGAGCUUCUUCCGUAGGGCCCCGAGACCCUCUUACGAGCCAAAACUACAUAGGUGCUCCUUUAGAUGAUAUAGUCUAGUGGGGUUUUGAUACACUUUUCGGCGGUUUUAAGGACUGGACAGAGUCGGACAGCUCAAGGCUGUGUGUGAAUACGGCUUCUUCUCAAACACUUCACUGACUUCACGUCUGUUCACGCCUGGAUUUGGAAACUUGAGUGUAUUUGGAUGAUUUGUCCCCUGAAUGCGAUUCACGAAACAUCUGGAAAGGACCUCGCAGACCAAGCUUACUCAAAAAGCCGACAAACAUAUUUUAUUUUUUAUCUCGAAAAGGAUUACUGUGUCAAGGAGGAAUUUGUGUUUGUGUGUGUGGCAGCACUACAUUGACAGCAUGUGUGGAAUGGUGGAGGAUGUCUGAAUCUGGUCUCCGUGGUGAGGACACUCGUCCCCGUGUCACUCGGCCCGGGAUGGUCCCGCUCUGUCUCCUUCUGUACCUCGCGGCCCUCAUCUUCCCUCCGGUGUACAGUGCCCACCUGCUGUCCCCAGAGCCCACAGAUUGGGUGUCGAGUGAGGUGGAAGUGUUUCUGGAGGACUACGUGGCAGGAGUCGGGGACACUGUGGAUCUGUCCUGCACACCGCGCGAUUUCCUGGUCCCCAUCGUGUGGCAGAAAGAUGGUGACGCCGUGUCUCCUAGCAACCGUACACGGGUGGGGCAAAAAGUGCUCCAUAUCAUCAACAUCUCCUAUGAAGACUCGGGGGUGUAUUCCUGUAGACACACCCACAGCAGCACGCUGCUAAGCAACUACACCGUCAGAGUCACUGACUCGCUGUCCUCUGGUGAUGAUGAGGACUAUGAUGAAGAUGAGGACGAUGCAGGUAAUGGAAAUGAAGCUCCAUACUGGACCCGUUCUGACCGGAUGGAGAAGAAACUAUUGGCUGUUCCCGCCGCUAAUACAGUGAAGUUCCGCUGUCCUGCUGCCGGCAACCCCACUCCCACCAUCCACUGGCUGAAAAAUGGGAAGGAAUUCAAGGGAGAGCAGAGAAUGGGCGGGAUUAAAUUGAGGCAUCAGCAGUGGAGUUUGGUCAUGGAGAGUGCUGUUCCAUCUGACCGGGGAAACUACACAUGUGUGGUGCAGAACAAAUACGGAACAAUCAAACACACUUACCAACUUGAUGUGCUGGAGCGCUCUCCUCACCGGCCCAUUCUACAGGCAGGACUCCCGGCCAAUCAGACGGUGGUGGUGGGCAGUGACGUCGAGUUCCACUGUAAGGUGUACAGUGAUGCUCAGCCACACAUCCAGUGGCUCAAACACAUCGAGGUGAAUGGAAGUCAGUAUGGGCCCAAUGGCGCCCCCUACGUCAACAUCCUUAAGACUGCGGGAAUAAAUACUACGGAUAAAGAGCUGGAGAUUCUCUACCUGACCAAUGUGUCUUUUGAGGAUGCGGGGAAAUACACUUGUCUGGCAGGGAACUCGAUUGGCUAUAACCAUCACUCUGCCUGGCUUACAGUGUUACCAGCGGUGGAGAUGGAGAGAGAGGAUGACUAUGCGGACAUCCUCAUCUACGUGACAGGCUGCGUGCUCUUCAUCCUCACCAUGGUCAUCAUUAUUCUCUGCCGUAUGCGGAUGAACACGCAGAAGACUCUCCCCAUGCCGCCCGUUCAAAAACUGUCCAAAUUCCCCCUCAAGAGACAGGUGUCCUUGGAAUCUAACUCUUCCAUGAAUUCAAACACCCCGUUGGUCCGGAUCGCCCGCCUGUCAUCCAGCGACUGGCCCAUGCUGCCCAACGUUUCUGAGCUUGAACUGCCCUCUGACCCCAAGUGGGAGUUUCCACGUACAAAACUAACACUGGGAAAACCGUUGGGAGAGGGUUGCUUUGGGCAGGUAGUGAUGGCAGAAGCCAUUGGGAUCGACAAAGAGAAACCCAACAAACCUCUCACUGUUGCUGUCAAGAUGCUCAAAGAUGACGGCACAGAUAAGGACCUGUCGGACCUUGUGUCUGAAAUGGAGAUGAUGAAGAUGAUUGGAAAACACAAGAACAUCAUCAACUUGCUAGGAGCAUGCACACAAAAUGGUCCUCUGUAUGUGCUGGUGGAAUAUGCCUCUAAAGGAAAUCUUAGGGAAUACUUGCGGGCGAGAAGGCCUCCUGGGAUGGACUACUCAUUUGACACUUGCAAAAUCCCAAAUGAAACUCUGACAUUUAAAGAUCUGGUGUCCUGUGCCUAUCAGGUCGCCAGGGGUAUGGAGUACCUGGCCUCAAAGAAGUGUAUCCAUAGGGAUCUUGCGGCCCGGAAUGUUCUGGUAACCGAGGACAACGUGAUGAAGAUUGCAGACUUCGGCCUGGCUAGAGAUGUGCACAACAUUGACUACUACAAAAAGACCACCAACGGUCGUCUGCCUGUCAAAUGGAUGGCACCAGAAGCACUGUUCGACCGUGUCUACACGCACCAGAGCGAUGUGUGGUCUUACGGAGUGUUGUUGUGGGAGAUUUUCACACUGGGCGGCUCACCGUACCCAGGUAUCCCAGUGGAGGAGCUCUUUAAACUGCUGAAGGAGGGUCAUCGGAUGGACAAACCUGCCAACUGCACUCAUGAACUGUACGCUUUUGAUUUACUUUGCCUUUCAUCUAGGAAACUCUUAAAACCUUUUUUUCCAGAACUUGCCCAUUCUGAUGUGUGUGUUUGUGUGCAUUUGAUCCAUCAGGAGUAUCUGGACCUAUCGGUGUCGUUCGAGCAGUACUCCCCUACCUGCCCAGACUCCAACAGCACCUGUUCCUCCGGCGACGACUCUGUGUUUGCUCACGACCCCUUACCUGACGAGCCCUGCCUCCCUAAACAUCACCUCCACAGCAAUGGGGUCAUACGAACAUAAGGGCCCAGGACAGAAAUGGUGGUUUGUGGGGACCUUCCGGUUCACUGCACUGGACCAGCAUGUGGCGGCAGUGCAGACGGGCUCCUGGUACAGUGUGGAUGUCAUGAAACGCUCAACGAGAAGCUUCAGACUUCAAACUGUUCACUGGUCUGAAGGACGGAUUACGCCCCUCUCCUUCAGCUCCUUUUCUUCCAAAUUAUUAUUCAGAUUUUUGUCUUUGAAAAGAGAAUUCCUAUUUUUGUAUUAGGCCAGUUUCGUUUUUCCUUUGCGCGACACAGUAAGAAGGGUCAAACCAUUCCGUGCCUACCAAAAACAGACAAAUUGAUGGACAGGAAAUAGAAAGAAUGGAUUGACACUGUGUAACAGCACAGUUCUGAAGCGACAGAUAGAGUCGUCCUGUCACACAUGGACAGGAAGUAUUUUUACAGCAAUAUCUGACUGGAGUGAGAAUCAAACCCAUGGCCAGUCUCUCCUCUCCACUCCUCACAAAGAACAUUUUUCAUCCUUUUUUAAUAAGAAAAGAGAGAAGGUUCUCCUAGAUGUGAGAUUUAAUUAGAAGAUAUAUAACUGUGUGCUUUGUAUGUAUCUUAAAGUUUUUAUUGUAAAUAUAUAGAUAUAAAUAUGUAUCAUAUUGCAGUCGGUAGCAGUGUACUU